AUGCAGGCAUUUGAGCGGAUACGAAAAAAGGGUUGGUACAGCACUCUGGGUGCAUACCCAUCUGCAAGUAUGUCAGACCUAAAACAAAAGUAUCAAAAACUCAUAUUAAUGUAUCAUCCAGAUAAACAAAAUGAAGAUAUGCCAGCAGGAACAGCGGAGAAAUGUAUACAGAAGUUCAUUGAAAUUGAAAUGGCAUGGAAAAUUCUAGGGAAUGAAGAGACAAAAAAAGAGUAUGGUCUGCAGCAGCAUGAAGGUGAUCUAAGAAAUAUGAGACCAGGAGAUACUCUAGUAUACCUUGAAGAAAUAUCUUGGAACAAAGAUGAUCACUCUUUUUCUCUGAGUUGCUGUUAUGGUGGACAAUAG